AUGUAUCUGGAAGAAGAUUACAAUGCCAUCCUCAGAGAUCUUGAUGAUAAUGGCCCAAUAGCUGAAGUCAAUAGAAUUGUGCACCUAAUUGGCCUGUUGGUUUGGCAAUGUGAUAUUUCUGUGAGCCCGGUAGCAGCUAUAGUAACUGACAUUUUCAAUACCUCCGAUGGUGGACGCUUCAAAUUCCCAGACGGGGUACAAAACUGGCCAGCACUUUCAAUCGUCGUAAUAAUAAUCAUGACAAUAGGUGGCAACAUUCUCGUUAUCAUGGCAGUAAGCAUGGAAAAGAAACUGCACAAUGCCACCAAUUACUUCUUAAUGUCCCUAGCCAUUGCUGAUAUGCUAGUGGGACUACUUGUCAUGCCACUGUCUCUGCUUGCAAUCCUUUAUGAUUAUGUCUGGCCACUACCUAGAUAUUUGUGCCCCGUCUGGAUUUCUUUAGAUGUUUUAUUUUCAACAGCGUCCAUCAUGCACCUCUGCGCUAUUUCGCUGGAUCGGUAUGUAGCAAUACGUAAUCCUAUUGAGCAUAGCCGUUUCAAUUCGCGGACUAAGGCCAUCAUGAAGAUUGCUAUAGUUUGGGCAAUUUCUAUAGGUGUAUCGGUUCCCAUCCCCGUGAUCGGACUGAGGGAUGAAGACAAAGUGUUCGUCAACAACACCACGUGUGUCCUGAACGACCCAAAUUUCGUUCUUAUUGGGUCCUUCGUAGCGUUCUUCAUACCCCUGACGAUCAUGGUGAUCACCUACUGCCUGACGAUCCACGUUCUUCGUAGACAAGCUCAGAUGUUACUGCACGGCCAUACCGAGGAACCGCCUGGAGUCAGCCUCAAUUUCCUGAAGUGUUGCAAGAGGAAUACUGCCGAGGAAGAGAACUCCGCCAAUCCCAACCAAGAGUUGAACACCCGCCGAAGAAAGAAAAAAGACAGACGUCCCAGGGGCACCAUGCAGGCUAUCAACAAUGAAAGGAAAGCUUCGAAAGUCCUUGGCAUCGUUUUCUUUGUGUUUCUGGUCAUGUGGUGCCCGUUUUUCAUUACCAAUAUUCUGUCGGUUCUUUGUGGGAAGUCCUGUAACCAAAAGCUCAUGGAAAAGCUUCUGAAUGUGUUUGUUUGGAUUGGCUAUGUUUGUUCAGGAAUUAAUCCUCUGGUGUACACCCUCUUCAACAAAAUUUACCGAAGGGCUUUCUCCAACUAUUUGCGCUGCAAUUACAAGGCAGACAAAAAGCCUCCUGUUAGACAAAUUCCACGAGUGGCCGCCACUGCUUUGUCUGGGAGGGAGCUUAAUGUUCACAUUUAUCGACACACCAAUGAACCGGUGAUUAAGCAAGCAAAUGACAAUGAGCCCGGGAUAGAGAUGCAAGUUGAGAAUUUGGAGCUGCCUGUAAAUCCUUCCAAUGUGGUUAGCGAAAGGAUUAGUAGUGUGUGAGCAAGUGCAGCACAGCCUUUUCCUACAGGAAAGCUACACAUGUAGGAACCUUUUCUUUCAUUUUUUUUCUGUCGGUCAUAACUACUGUAAAUAUUGCUGUCCGAACAAAGUGUUUUUAUAACUAGCUUUGCAACCCUGUACUUUACAAUCAUGCAUACAAUAGUGAGGUUUAGGGUUCUAUAUUUACUGUUUAUAGUAGAUGGAGACUAACUUAUUUUGAUUCUUUAAUGAAUAAAAUGUUUAUUUUUUUUUCUUUUCCUUCCUUCUUUCCUUUCCCUCUUUCUUUUGUGCAUAUGGAAAUGUUAACGUUCCUCUCUCAGGUGGCAUUUGCGGGAGACCAGAAUGAUGCACAUGACAGUGGUCCUAUUUCAACCACACCAAAAUGAACAAAUUCAGUGCAAUCUUUUUCCGGGUUAACAGUAAAUAUACACUUUAAAUUCUUGCUCUGCUCAUCUAUACACAUAAACACGGUAAGAUAGGUUCUGCCUUCUGAUAAAUCUGUUGGUGAGUCAAAGGCAGAACUUAGCCUUGUUGCUACACAUAGGGGCAAAAUUUGACAUUGUCGGACUGUUGUGUUGGUAUUUUACUGCAAUGUCUGUCCCCAAACAUAGUGGUAUUUUAACAUAGCAGCUGGUUAACCAGGACUACAGAAGUGGAAGGAUGAUAAGAGAGAUAUACACCAAAUAGCUUUUCACUUCUCAAGGACAAUGUUAAAUUCUGAUUAUUAUGACAAGCAAACUGGAAUUAGUGUUUUCAUUCUGGUCCUUAGUAAAUACCUAAUUCCAUGAUGAAACUGGGAAACGAGAUCCCAGAGUUAGUUCCCAAUCCAGGAUUCAACCUCAAUUGGGUUUUGAUCUCAGGAUCCUGGAAAUCCAUGUGCUACACACAAAGUGAAAUUAGCAUUUUGAGCCUUAUUCAAAUAUUUUCUUAAUUAUGGUACCUCUAUCUAUAGGACCUAAUUUAGCAGUCCAUUUUGGAGUAAAACUUGUGUUG